UGAUAAUAUAAAAAAUAUAUACCGUGUGGUAAUAUUAGAAGAACAUUAUAAUAUAUUAUAUUGCAAUAGAACAAUAUCAGAAAAUUGUUAAAUAUUUUGUCGAGUGUGAUUUCAGAAUGAGCAGAAACCAACUGACAAGUAAAACUAAGUAAUACGCGCCAAACCAACGUGCGAUUAUACCGGUUAUUGCAAAUAAUACUUCUACAUGCAUAUAGGAGAGGGCAACGACGGUAAUAAAGAUGGAACGCGAAUAACGAUCACUAAUUACCCAUGAUACAUAUAUAUACUUUUUGUUUUGUAUGCAUCAUGACUCGUGCGACAUAGAAUAAAAAGAAUUCUCGAUGUACACAAAGGCGUAAUAAUAGAACCGAGUAUUACAGGUUUGCAGGGCCGGAUUCACACGAGCACAAUAUAAUGAAAAACUUGGAAAAUAAAAACAACACUCCGAAGUUGGUCGUAAUCUGGGACGAUGCGAAUACGCCAUAAAUACUAAAUAGGAUGCCCCCGACACGUACUCUGGUCACCCCUGGUCAAGUAUAAUAAUUGAUGCAAUACAGUGUAAGUAACGUGUCGUACAUUGGUUAUUUGCAUAAAACCAAUUUCACGUAUGACCGAACUCAAUAAUAGGUAAUAGUUUAAGUGUGAGAGAGCGAGUGCAGCUAAUGUGACAGUGUGCUAACUGCUGAGAGUGUAUACGAAGGGUCGACGCACUUCCCGAAUCAUGGUUCAGCUCGGCACGGUCAACAGGAUCAUCAAGGCGUACGCGUUGGUCGGAUUUUUCGUGGCCGCUUACGCACUCUACGUGGAAAUCUCACUGGAAAAUGAUCCGGAUUUUGAGCCACUGUGUGACCUUAGGGCAUACGUCAAAUGUUCUCCAGCAUUUAUUUCGCCUUACGCCAAAGGUUUUGGGAUCGUUAGAUUCAUAUUCGGCGAAGAUUCAGCUUUCAACGUGCCCAACGGACUCACUGGAAUGUUAUUCUACACCCUGUCAUUCGUGUUGAGUUGUUCGGAUAGGGAUAAAAUCGUGAACAUCCACUACUACCUGGCGAUCGCGUCCAAUGUGUCCACAUUUUACUUGGCUUCCGUGUUGGUGUUCGUCGUUCAGGAACUGUGUUUGGUUUGCUUGAUCACGUACUUCAUAAACGCUAUAAGCCUGCUGUGUGUAACGUCCAAACGACGGCAAUUAUUGGUGCUGUCUGCGCACCAUAAGCCCUGCAAAGGCGAUUAAGACAUAAUAUAUUAUAUUAAUUAUAAAAUAGAGAUACUCCGAUACACCUGCCAUAAGGUGUAAAGUCGCGGCGUGUAUAAUAAAGUAUAUAAAAUAACUAA